AUGGAUCCAUUUGUUCUCUCCAUCCUCUUAUGCUCAUGGAUCUUUGUUGUAGUGUACUGGAGAAGGCUGAACAGCAUGAGGCUAAGGCUUCCACCUGGACCUCCAACAUGGCCAAUCUUUGGCAAUCUUCUCCAGUUGAGCCCGCUUCCCCACAAAGACUUUGCUCGAUUUUGCACCAAAUAUGGCCCCCUUGUCUAUCUUCGCCUAGGAACCAUCGAUGCCAUCACCACUGAUGAUCCUGAAGUCAUCCGUGAAAUACUCAUCCGGCAAGAUGAGGUCUUUGCUUCACGGCCUCGGACACUGGCUGCUGUCCAUCUUGCCUAUGGGUGCGGUGAUGUGGCUCUAGCACCACUGGGGCCCAACUGGAAAAGGAUGAGGAGAGUUUGUAUGGAGCACUUGCUGACGACCAAGCGACUCGAGUCGUUUGCUUCUCACCGAGCUCAGGAGGCUGAGCACCUCUGCCAGUUUGUAUGGGCUAAAUCUCAGUCUGGGAAGCCCGUGAACCUCAGAGAGGUUCUUGGCGCCUUCUCUAUGAACAACGUCACAAGGAUGCUGCUGGGGAAGCAAUACUUUGGGAUCCAGUCGGCAGGCCCUGGCGAAGCAAUGGAGUUCAUGCACAUCACCCAUGAGUUGUUCUUCCUGCUGGGCCUGAUCUAUCUCGGGGACUACUUGCCAGCUUGGAGGUGGAUCGACCCGUACGGGUGCGAGAAGAAGAUGAGGGAGAUCGAGAAGAAGGUGGACGACUUCCACCAGAAGAUAAUUGAUGAACACAGGAGAGCUAGGGAGGCCAAGAAGACUCGGCGUUCCUCCCUUGAUGACGACAACAGCAAAGAAGAGAUGGACUUCGUCGAUGUGCUGCUAUCUUUGCCUGGUGAGAACGGGAAGGAGCACAUGGACGAUAUGGAGAUUAAAGCGUUGAUGCAGGACAUGAUCGCUGCUGCUACGGACACUUCAUCGGUGACCAACGAGUGGGUGAUGGCAGAGGUGAUCAAGAACCCGCGCGUGCUCCGGCGUAUCCAGGAGGAAUUGGACGCGGUGAUCGGGCGUGACCGGAUGGUGGCGGAGUCGGACCUCGCUCACCUCCCCUACCUCCGGUGCGUGGUCCGGGAGUCGUUCCGGAUGCACCCGGCGGGGCCAUUCCUGAUCCCUCACGAGUCCCUGAAGCCGACGACGAUCAUGGGGUACCACGUCCCGGCGCGCACGCGGGUGUUCAUCAACACGCACGCGCUGGGCCGGAACCCGCGCGUGUGGGACGAUGUCGACGAGUUCCGACCGGAGCGGCACCUGCCGGCCGAGGAGGGGGUGAGGGUGGAGAUCAGCCACCUGCCGGACUUCAAGAUCCUGCCGUUCAGCGCUGGGAAGCGCAAGUGCCCCGGCGCGCCGCUGGGCGUGGCGCUGGUGCUCAUGGCGCUCGCCAGGCUCUUCCACUGCUUCGACUGGUCCCCGCCUGACGGCCUCCGACCCGAGGACGUCGACACCCAGGAGGUGUACGGGAUGACCAUGCCCAAGGCCACGCCGCUCGUCGCCGUCGCCACCCCUCGCCUGCCGCCGCACUUGUACGGCAGCUCGGCUCCUUAG